AUGCAAUCUAUCCCUCUGGACAACAUGACUACAAAUUCUCAACGACAAAGUCAACCAAUAAUUCAAGCAAGCUAUCAACUUCACGAUUCCACCAAAUCCAAUUCGAAAUGUUAUUAUACCGAAUCUUACGAUCCUUCUUCUCAUCGGUCCACAUACGAUUUCAACUGGUCUUUACCUUACUCCUUCUGGAACGACAAGAAAAAUCUCCCCUUUCCUGUGGAAUUUACGGCUUUCGGCCAAGAAAGACAUACGAGAUAUACAUUCAUCGCUAGCUUCUCGGAACGUAAGCCCACGACCGGCCAAAAGAUCCUAUAUGGUACGGUCGCUGCGACCGCUCUGCUCGGUCUGGGGACAUUGGGAUACACAACUUACGAAGCGAGGCAUCAAGCUGAGCUCAAGUGGCAAUCUCAAGAUCUAAAUGUAGCCUAUGAGAAUCUCAUCAACGAGCUGAGAGAGGAUCACCCAGAUUGGGAGAUACCUACUAUGAGAGUUUCGAAGAGGAGUGAAGAUGGAACUGAAUGGAAGGUCCAAGCUUCGGAGCACAAUAGUAUUGAAAGUGAAGAUGGAAAUGGAAGUGAGAGAGAGACUUAUUCGAUCGAGAAUGCCGAUGAGGUGGUGGCGAGUAUUCUGAGUAGAUCGAAUGAUGGUAAUUCGGGUGUGCCCCAGUUGAUCCUGACGAGGAUUGAUUCGAACAAGGUCUCUAAGUCUUUCGUAGCUUAG